UAACACACAACACAAAGUAAAAGAGCUCGUAGACAACUAAGAAAACUAAAUGAAGAUAUUCAACUCUUCUCAAGUCCUAAUACUCGUGGCGUUAGCUCUUGUCCUAGCUUUUGCGGUUCCUCUGAAAGCCCAAGACCGGCCACAAGACUACCUCGAUGUACACAACCAUGCUCGCGACGACGUUAACGUGCCUCAUAUAAGAUGGCAUGCGGGGGCGGCCAGAUACGCCUGGAACUAUGCCCAACAAAGAAAGCGGGACUGUCGUCUCGUUCACUCAAACUCAGGCGGGCGUUACGGUGAAAACUUGGCAUGGAGCAGUGGUGAUAUGUCUGGUGCUGCUGCAGUGAGAUUGUGGGUCAAGGAGAAGUCUGACUACUUCUACAAUUCGAACAGAUGUCGUGCUGGAAAACAAUGUGGUCAUUAUACUCAAGUUGUGUGGAGAAACUCGGCGUGGGUUGGGUGUGCCAAAGUCAAGUGUGACAAUGGUGGAACCUUUGUGACUUGCAACUAUUCUCCUCCUGGUAAUAUUAGGGGCCGUAGGCCUUACUAAGUAAACGUGCGCAUGCAGACGAAUGUAACUUGUCCAUAGCGGACGUGUGGUGUUUCUGUAAUUUCAAUAAAUGAUGAUCAUCAUCAUAGGAUGAUAUGGUGAUUCCUUUGUGUGUUUAUGGUUUGUAUAAUAUGUUGUGACGGAAUAAUACGUUUUUUGGUGUUUAAUAUCA